CCCACCAUCCCGAGGUCAUCCGUUCCUGGACAUCUCAACAAACUCACCACGCCCAUCGACCACCCCGCGACGGGCCAGCUACGUCGUCCGUCCGCGCCUCUUGAUGGUUCCAAGGCGUCUCUAGGAACCUCUUCACCCCGAGGGUCACCCGCAAUCAUGGCCUCUUCGCUGGCUUCCGACAAGCCCAGCCUGCCUGCCCCCGGCGCCGCGGUUCACGACCCCUUCGUCACGUCCACGCCCGCACCCGCCCACCACCGCUACUCGACCUUCGACCAUGACCUCUUCAACGCCGGCCCUGCUUCCUCCCCGAGGCAGGCCAAGCGCGCCCUCGAGGCUCACCUCGCCGAGACCGAGCGUCGCCUCGAGGAAGCCGGGAAAUUAGGCACUGCCCUGGUCUCCCAGCGCAAGACCCUUACCGAGCAACUUCAGGAGGUCGACAAGCUGCAGACCGAAGGCGAGCUCAACCCCGACCUGCGCCAGAAGCUCGUCGAGAUCGAGAAGGAGUACAACAACCUCGCGAGAGAGUCCGCCAGGGCUUUUUUGCCCAAGCAGAGAGUCCCUAGUAAUGAGGCCAACCCCAACUCCCCCUUUGCGCCCGAGAGCAGGAGCGGCAGGCGUUCCGUCAGCCCAUCCAAGUUCGAGAGCCAAGCUACAGGAUCCCCCACCAAACUCAGUGUACCCAAUCGAAAGAUUCGCAAUCAGCCCUCAAACCGCGUCCACGACAUCGAGUUCGCCGCCGAGAUUAGCACAUCCCUCAUCGCCCAGGUGCGCAACCUCCAAGCUUUGCUCGCCGACCGAGAUGAGGAGGUCAAAGACCUCAAGUACGACAAGUCCAAGCUCGAAAUCGAGUCCGAAACCUUCCAGCAGCGCGCCAAGACCCUUGACGAGAGCGAGAACCGCUACAAGGAAGAGAAUUGGAACCUGGAGACGAGGCUACAGGAGCUCACCACCCAACAAAAAGAAGCUGCGGAUCGCGAGAAGAGGCUUACCCACUCCCUCAACGUGACUAGCGCGGAAAAGGUGUCUGCUCAGAGGGAGCUUGACGAGGUCAGGGUUACCCACGCGCGACUGAUUGAAGAACACACCGCUGCCGUCCGAAACCACGAUAUCGAGCUGGGAACGGUCAAGCGCAAGAUUGGCAUGGCUGAGGGCGAGCGUGCUUCUAUGCAGCGCAGGAUCGAUGACCUUACUGGCCAGAACCAGGAGCUGGCCAGGGCCUUCUCUACACAGCGGGCUAGAGUCCUGUCAAUGGAGUCCAACCCGCGCCCCAGCGAUGACGACUUUGAAUCGGGUGGCGAUCAGAUCACGCCUGAACACUCUCCUCCUCAAUCACCGAUCAAGGGCACUCCCAGGCAUGCCAUGCUUGAGACUGAAACCAUGAAGUCUUCCCUCAACCAUGCUCAGCGCACCAUUCAGAGCCAGCGAGGUCUUCUCCACCGAGAGAAGACGGAGAAGCUGGAGCUCAGGCGAAUCAUCCAAGACCUCCGCGAUGACCUAGAGAAGGCCAGGACCGAGGCUAGCGAAACCCGGGCCAGCAAACGAGCCCACAAGAAGGAAUCUAGGGAAUUCAAGAAGCCGCCUCGUCUCCUAGGCAGCUUCCGCUCGAGCAGGCAAGAGGUCAUCCACGAUGACGCUGAGUGGGAAGAUCAGGGUGAUAUAUCUCCUCGAGCAUCGAGCUCUCCUCUGACUGCCAGCACUGUCAUCGUCAGACACCAGGCCGGAGACUCGUUCCCUCCCACCGACGCUAGCGACCGCUUCGACACCGCCAACGAGGCCAGCGAAUCAGCCUUCGAGACUGCCAACGAGCGAGGCACCGAGACCGAAGAUUUCCAGACCGUCAACGAGGAGUUCUCUGGCAGCGAUGCCGAGACUGAGACCGAGGGUACUACUCGUGGUUUUGGCAGCAUCAGAAACCCCCCAAGUCUGCCUUCUGGCAUGUCUCGACAUGCUUCUCGACAUUCUUUCCAUAGCACCGCAUCGACCUCUGCAGAUGAAGAUGACUUCGGUCAUCUUGGGACUCCUACCGGCACACUCUCCUCUCAAAGAAGUAACCGCUUCCGCCUCAGCCGCGGCAUCUUCAACCGCCCCUCAAGACAAGCCAGCGAGGAGCCCAACUUCCAGAGCAGCCCUGCCAGCUUCGCUAGUAGUGUAGGCGGAACCCCCCAGGGUGGUCAGAGCCUCUUCGCUGAGCUUCAAGACUUUGAUGGUAGCGAUGACGAGUCUGUUGGAGCACACACCCCGAGUCGAAGGGGUACUCGCUCUGGCACUCCCGGUUCCGUUGGUCGGCAAUUCUCUCCACCACCUCCUAUGCCACCCCUUCCCAAGGUUAUUAUGGUCGACUCUGGUGUCAUGACGGAUCCUGUCAAGAUCGCACCAGCCCGCCUUGCAGUUGGGAUGCCGACAUUCCUUCACCCCGGUGCCAUGGCAGAUGACGAUUCUGCACCUAGUUCUCCCAUUAGCGUCAUCACAGCGGACCGCCGGUCCAUGGCUUCAGUUGUAGACAGAUCUGCCGACCAGGCUGGUCCAUCAUGGCCUGUCGAUGACCUCAUCUACAGCUCACGACCGGUAUCCAUGUCUUAUAGCGAUGCCGGAGCGCAACACGAUCCUGACAUGGAAGCGAAGCUUGCCCAGUUCCCUGCUCCCCCAACCAUGGCGCCGAUUUUGCCGCCUACAUUGAGCAUGUCCUCGUUCGCAUUCGAGAAUGUGGAACCCCGGGAAGAAGUCGUGGUGCCACCUACUCCCCCAGCUCUCUCCCUUACGUCAAUCUCCAACGAGAGCGUCGAGCCUGUCGCCGAACUCGAAAUUCCUCCCCCGGAUUUGAGCCUGACAACCAUCAUCGCUGAGCAUCUCGAGCCUGUGGCGGAGCCUGAGAUUCCUCCCCCAGAUCUGAGUCUGACUACUAUCGUGGCCGAACAUCUGGAGCCCGUUGCGGAGCCCGAGAUUCCUCCACCUGAUCUCAGUCUUUCCAGCAUCGUUUCGCAAAACUUUCAACCUGUGGCCGAGCCAGAGACUCCCCUGCCUGAUCUCAGCUUGUCGACCAUUGUCGCCGAGGAUCUCGAGCCCCUGGCCACUCCUCUGCCUGAGCUUAGCCUGACGAGCAUCAUUGCUGAGAACUUGGAGCCUGUUGCCGAGCCUGACGUCCCUCCUCCAGACUUGAGCUUGUCUAUGAUUCUGGGCGAGAAUGUUGAGCCUAUUGCUGAGCCAGAGAAGCCCUUGCCGGACUUGUCUUUGACAACGCUUUCCGUGGCGGAAUUGGAGCCAAUCGCCGAGCCAGAGACUCCUCUCCCAGAGCUGACUCUGACAACGGUAUUGGCCGAGCAGUUAGAACCUGUGAGCGAGCCUGAGAUACCUGCGCCGGAGUUGAGCUUCGCGACAAUUGCUGCCGAGGAACUGGAGCCAUUGGCCGAACCCCAGACGCCCCCUCCAGCAUUGACAUUUACGUUGGUUAUUACCGAGGCUGUCGAACCCGUUCCUGAGCUUCAAGCUCCAGCCCCGACUUUGAGUCUCUCCACCAUCUAUGGGGAGUCUGUUGAGCCUGUGACUGAACCGGAGGUCCUGCCCAUGGUCGUGGUGCCUCCCCGUCCGUCAUUAAGUAUGUCGAACAUUUCACACGAGCAUAUCGAGCCAGUCGCCAGGAAGGCGCCAGAACUCAGCAUGUCGACAAUUUCAAGAGAGCAUGUGGAGCCUAUCUCACCUCCGGAACCCGUUGUUGUUCCUGCACCAGAACUCAGCAUGUCAACCAUUAUCGGCGAGCAUGUAGAGCCAGUAGCUGAGCCUGAGCCUGUCAUCAUCCCUGCACCAGCACUUUCCCUGUCGACCAUCCUAGGAGAGCAUCUUGAGCCUGUUGCGGAGCCUGAGCCCCCUGCUCUCGAGCUGAGCAUGUCAACCAUCCUUGGAGAGCAUGUGGAGCCAGUUACUGAGCCGGAGCCGGAGCCGAUUGUUCCAGAGCUCACCAUCUCGUCCAUCCAGGGCGAACACAUUGAGCCUGUUGCACUUAAAGCACCGGAUCUUGCACUGUCCUCCAUUGCCACGGAACAUGUCGAGCCGAUCAUGGAGCCCGAAAUCAUUGUUCCUCCUGCUUCGCUAAACCUAUCAUCAAUUUAUGCGGAGCACUGCGAGCCAAGGGAGGAGCAUCAACCUAUCCCGGCUCCAGUUAAGCUGGCCUACUCAGAUCUCUCCACGGAGCAGGUUGAGCCCUUGUCUGAGCCUUUGCCCCUUCCUCCAUCCCUUGCCUUGUCAUCUAUUGCCACUGAGAACGUCAAGCCUGUUCUUGAGCCUUUGCCCCCGUUGCCUACUCUGGUAAUGUCGUCAAUCGCUGCGGAAGGGGUUGAGCCAAUCGCCCCUGUACACAAGAAAAUCAGUGCCCCAACUUUUGGGUUCUCUGCCAUUGAAUCCGUCGAAACACAGCCCGUUUCGCCUCGAAUUUGGAGGGAUGGAUUUGUUCUCCCAAGAGAUAUGAACUCCGCCUUCGUUGAGAGAGAUAUCCCUGAGACACCAACUCACCGAUCGCUUGGUCGCACCAAGCAAAGAGAUGCUUCGCCCAUCAUUGCUGAAGACGAGACGAGGCAGUCCCCUCGGGAUACGCCAGGUGCAGAAACACCCGAGUCCCAGAAGCCGUUCAAGGAACUAUCGACCAAUUCCAAUGCCCGCCCACUCCGCAAGCCUCUCCCGACUAGCGAUCAAGGUGCACAGACUGCCCUGACGGCCGAUGCUAUCGAUUCCAUGUUGAAGGCUCGGUCUCAACCCGCCUUUAGCCCUGAGAAGAGCAUGUCAGUUGCUAGUUUCGGAACGCCCGCAACUACUGGAACCUCUGGCACUGUCAGAAUCCGCCGAUCACAAGAAAGCUUCGGCAGUCCUAGCCGCAACAAGGGAAAGCUGGUUGAUCGUGCGUUUGACUCUAGCCCUGUUCGCAGACCUGGUAGCGCUACCAGUGGAAGGACAUCCAUCUAUGAUGCUCCUCCUCUGCCUGCAAACCACCGCCAGGCUAUCGAAGCCGCGCGAAGUGGCUCGUCGAACGGUGUGCAGAGCAACAUGGGGCCGCCUCUCUGGCCCGCGUCUGUUCUCAAGCAGCGACCAAGCACGCCGAUUCAGAGCGCAUCCAUGUUGUCUACCCGUACCACACCAACCCCUCGUGCUGUACGAAACGGAGCUUAUGACAGCCUGGAAGUCCAUACGCCCCAGAAGCUUAACGACGCGUCGAGAAAGUCUUCUGUGUCAUCCUUCGCGUCCGAACUCGAUUCUCGGUUCAACAUGCGUCCUGGUGAGAUGGGGAUGGCUGGAUUCGGACCUAACACGGAUCCUCGCAUGAUUCAAGCCAUCACCCAGACCAUGAUUGGCGAGUACUUGUGGAAGUACACCCGCAAGACUGGCCGUGGCGAGAUGUCAGAGAACCGACACCGCCGGUACUUCUGGGUUCACCCGUACACGAGGACCUUGUACUGGAGCGACCGGGAUCCCUCCACUGCUGGACGUGCUGAGCUGAAGGCAAAGAGUGUUCCGAUUGAGGCUGUUCGGGUUGUGACUGAUGACAACCCGAUGCCUCCAGGACUCCAUCGUAAGAGCUUGGUGAUCAUUUCCCCUGGAAGAACCAUCAAGUUCACUUGCACGACCGGUCAACGACACGAGACUUGGUUCAACGCCCUCUCGUAUCUGCUAAUCCGCACCAACAACGAUGCCCAGUCUGAUAUCGACGAGAUGGGAGGCAACAUUACUCGUGAGGAUGUUGAUGAGUUCAACCCUCAGGUUGGUCGACGUGUUACAAAUGGCACUCGACCUCAAGCUCCCCCCUCUCUGUCUUCAUAUAACUCCCGUACGACCCGCAACGAGUCACCUGCUGUCGGCAUGUCUAUGAACAUCCCAACUCUGGUCCCCACGCCACACAAGACGCCCAAGCGUCCAUCGAUAGGAACGCUGAACAAGCUCAGCGGCUACUGGAAAGGCAGUCAGCUGUCGGGCACUUUAACUCGACGCGGCCGGACCGUCAGUGGACAGGAUGUCAGCAUUUACGAAGCGAGUGAGGCCCACGAUAGUGCCGAGGACCUGCGAGAGAUGAUCGAGCGCCAAGAUAGGGAAUCGGACCGUCUCGAGAAUGUCCGGGCAUGCUGCGAUGGCAAGCAUGAUGUUGGCACUCUGCCACACCUUAUUAGCAAGCGAGGCCGUCCACACAACAACCACACCCAUUCCCAUCCAGGAAUCUUGACCUCGACGCCCAUGGCAUCUAUCCGCUCUCGGGCGUAAACCUGCCAAGCUCAAUCUUGAAUGAAGUCACCGCGAAUCAAACCAACAACUGUCAUCCGUGGCUCCAACAUAUUCUUCGCGUCAUUCGUUAGACCAACUUACCAACUGUUAUGACCACAACAUCCUCACGGAAACUUUCACGAUACUGAUGAUUUCUUUACAACGCUUGUGUCCUCGCUAUAGAACCAGGAUCACAGCUUAUGAGUCGCCUUGGAGGCUUUAAUCCAAACACCAGCCAAACCUACUGGCCUACGACGUGUCA